AUGGCUGCACCUUAUGAUUACUCCCGUCCCCAUCUGGGAGCAACCUUCUACCCAGGUGCAAUCGAUGACUACCAAAUGCCUGAAGUAAUCUCUCCGGCACCCCAAAGGGUGAUGCCUGAAGUGCCAGAGAACAUGCAAGACAAUCUUGCACAUCUUGAACAGGAAGCUUCUGGAUCGAAUCGAAUGGCGCACCAAUAUCCUUCCGCACAGCGGCCAACGUUCCCGGCUCGGAAUUCGUCCAUGCCGAACCAAGCCUACAGGAAUGUUGGCGACCCGUAUGCGAAUCAAUAUGCGCACCCUACAUUCAACAGUCAGCCUCCGUCAAACGAUUAUAUCGAUCAUCCGAAUUUUUCGCCGUUUCCAGUCCUUCACGACGCACCACCCAACGUGCCUCCGAGUGAUGAACAGCGCGAAGCAAAUCUAGAGCGCGGCCGGGUCGCAGUGCUAGGUUCCAAUGACCCGGAAAUGCAGCUUGCGUGGGCUCAAGAUGCCCUUUCCUACGUGGAAGUAGCCAUGCAAAACGAACUCCGGCUGGCUGCAUUUCAACCACCGAGGCCCCGUACUCCGCAGGUCGAACACCAGUUGAAGUCUGACGCUAUCAACAUUGUUUCGUUUUUAGCCGAUCAGUCGCAUCCGCGUGCCGAAUUCAUACGCGGUAUGUGGCUCGAGUUUGGAAAAUUUGGAUUCCGAAUCGACAAGAAGGAGGCUUUUAGGUGUUAUCAACGAGCCGCCGAAAAGGGAUAUGCGAGGGCUGAGUAUCGGAUGGGCAUGCAAUUUGAAAAUUCGAACGAACCGAUGAAGGCCAUCAAGCACUAUGAAAACGGCGUGGGCCUUGGUGAUUCCGCUUCGUACUAUCGAUUGGGAAUGAUGAUAUUAUUGGGACAACAUGGACAACGUCAGGAUUAUGGCGUAGGCCUGGACCAUAUUCGUUACGCCGCCCAAACCUGCGAUGAGAAUGCACCACAAGGUGCUUAUGUUUACGGAAUGCUGCUGGCUCGCGAACUUCCUCAGGUAGCGGUCCCCGAAGAGGUUUUACCUCUAGACUUGAAUGGUGCACGGGUGAAUAUUGAAAAAGCUGCUUACCACGGGUUUGCAAAAGCUCAGCGCGCUGCUCAAAAUGGCCUUGCGACGGCAGAAUUUGCUCUCGGAUAUUUUUACGAGAUUGGGAUCCACGUUGCCGUGGACAUCAAAGAAGCUCGCGUCUGGUACGCAAAAGCGGCUGCCAGUGGUAACAAGGACGCUUCUUCACGCAUUGACAGUAUAUCGAGAUCGAAAACUCUCUCGAGAAAGGACCACGAGCGGGUUGCCAUAGCAAGAAUCAAAUCACAGUAUGCUUCGCAUGGGCGGAAUCAACAACAACGAUAUUCAGCCAUGCAAAAUGAGGUGCCAAUUCAAGAAACCUUAGAAAUGCCAGAUCCGUCGAGAAUGUCCAUCUCUGGUGAUCCCACUGGCCCUAGGCCAGUUUCGGCUGCCCCGUACCCCGAAGGCCCAAAUUCCCGCUACGGGCACCCUAGCGGCUAUGGGGGCCAGUACGGGCCUGACAUUCGACCGAGCUCGGCUUUCAGCAUCAACCCGAAUAUACGAGCGCCGUCUGUUCAAACCGGCCACCUUCCACCGCAUCGUGUUCCGUCGGCAGCUCGCCCUCAGGGCUACGGGCCACCCGGAGGUCCUGGAGGUCCUGGGGGUCCUGGAGGUCCUGGAAUGGCACCCUACCCAACUAAUCAGGCGGCACCUUCACCAAAAUUGGAUAUUGGCUUCUCGGCGCCUCCUGACCCGACAGGCGCUGACAGAAGACGAAAACUACAGCGGCCACCUAAUGCGAACCCACCCCAUCCUCAAGCAGCACAAGGUAGACCUGGACCUCCUUCGGAUCCCCGACAAUCGCGGAUGGCUUCGUCGCCUAACCCGGGCGGCCAACCACCACAUGGACAACAACCCGCUGGUCAUUUCCCACCUCGAGGGGAUUCCAGGCCUCAACCGCCAGCCGCCGCGAAUGGCUCUCCAAACAAACCUGUCCAAAAGCCUCCCGGGGGAUUACCGGGAAAAGGCCCCAAAACCUUUGAAGAAAUGGGUGUUCCUCAAGGGAAAACAGAGGGUGAAUGUAUUGUCAUGUGA